CACCACUAGGGCUGCCCACUAGAUUUGCAUUUGCAAACCAGCAGCGCCCAGAGCUCCGGCGCCGGGGCAGCUAUCUAUCCAGCGCUGCUGCCCGAUCGAUUUGCAUUUGCAAAAGCCAGCGCCAGAGCAGGCAUCAAAGCCAGCGCUGCUGCCCCAUCGAUUCCAGCACACUGUGAAAAACUCUUUGGGGCACGCGAUGCUCCGGCGGCUCGCAAUAGGCCUGGCCGCCGCCGGGGCGCUGCCCGAGCCGCCCUUCGUCUGCGACAACACGCAGUGCCGGGUCAAACCGCGAAACGCGAGUGCGGCGCCGAUCUGCGCCGCGGGCUACUACACGUGCGCCAGCUGCUGCGACGAGGACGCGGACUGCAACUGCGACGGCCACGGCGGCGACGCCUACGACCACGCCUGGCGCACGCCCAAGUGCCCCGAAGGCUACUACGAGUGCGGCGAUUGCUGCGACCGCGACGCGGACUGCGCCUGCGACGACCAGUGCGAACGCUUUCGAGCCCCGUCGUGCUUUCGUCGGGAACGUUGGAAAGGCGAGCGACAGUACCGACCGUGCAAUUCAGAUUUGCCUGCGAACGUGGACUGCAGCCUCGCGUACCACGAGAACGCGUCCAAGCCCCACGGUUGGUGCCCCGUCGGCUACCACGACUGCGGCCAGCACGACUGCUGCGACUGGAACAGCGACUGCGCGUGCGACGGCGCGUGGCGGACGGGCAACCUCGACGAGCACUGCGACGUCGGGCCGACGGGCCACGACGGCGCGCUCUGGGGCUUCGAGUGCAGCGUGCACAAGGGCCUCGACGACCCGCCGGCCUCGGGCCUCAAAGGUUUGGGGGCCACCGAGGCCGGCGCCUGCUGCGCGGGGCCGAACGAGACCGCCGCGUGCGCGGACGGGUACACGGUCGUGGCGGGCGACGCGCCCUGCGUGUUCACGUGCUGCGAGGGCGCCGUCGACAACCUGACGACGGCCGCGGACGUGGACGCCGAAGGCUUCUGCUGGGAGGCCCAUGCGAACGAGGGGCGGCGCCCGGUGGAGUGGGGCGACUGCUGCGAAUCCGAGUGCGGACUCUUCGUCGCUGGGCCCCGGGGCCGCGGCUACGACGACGCGGUCGCCUACUGCUCACGCAUAGGUGCCGAGAUCGCGACCAUCUAUAGCGCGACCGAAAACGAGCUGGCGCGCCACGCCUGCGGCGGCUCGUGCUGGAUCGGCCUCGAAGAAGUCGGCGGCGACGCGUCGACGCCCAAGGCGAGCCAGACGUGGCGGUGGAGGGAUGGAUCGACGGCGAGUUACACGAACUGGGAGGAUAGUUACACGAACUGGGAGGAUUGGGAACCGAACAAUUACGAGGGAAACGACGAGAGGAACGCAAUUAUUCAUGAUGGCAUGUGGUACGACGUGGCCGACGACCAUCACAUGAGGCCCCUCUGCCGCACCGGCGACGGCACCUCCGCGUGUCGGACGGUCUACCUUCCGGAAGGGCGGUCCCACGGGGAGUUUGCGGGGUUCCCUCCGCAGUACUGGGAGUAUAACGGUAUUGAUGAAGUGCAGGAGUGGCGACGACGCGCGCGCGAGGAGUGGUUCCGCGAGGAGACCUGCCGGCCGAAAGCGGACGCGCCGGCGGCGUGCUUCGCGCCGCCGACGCGCCGCGCCGACUGCGUCGACGGCGCGUGCCGCGCGCUCAAGCCCGGGGGCGCCGCCCUGGAUCGUUUUGUCGAUGAUUACGGCGCGCUCGCGGUCACGGAGGACUGCCACGGCAUCACUUACGAAUUUCAAGAAUGGCGCUGGGGCUUAAUUCGCCGCUUUGGGCCGCAGUCCCGGCACUGCGCCGACAACCACACGCUGGCGGGCGUGGAUUACGUCGACGGCGUCGGCACCUGCUGCACGAACAGGAGUUCCGACGACGCGAAGUGCGUCGCGCCCGCGCCGGAAUGCUUCCACCGCAGCGGUCCUCGGCGCUGCGAUAUCCUCCUGAAGUAUUUUGGCAGCAUGGACUACGACGGCGAGCACGCCCGCACCCCCCCCUGCGACUUUAGGGGAGAGCCCUACGCCUGCGACGACCUGCGGUGCGACCCGGCGUCCGGCGCGCUCUACUACGUCCGCGAGGAUUCGUGGCGCUGGUGGGGCCGCCUCUGGAGCUGGAACAUUAAGAGAAUCCUCGGCGACCACGCCUGCAUGCGUAACUGGUGGCGGGCCGACCUGCGGAGGAACGACCCCUGGCCGGCCUCGCGGAAGAACCGGCGCAUGGGCGAGCGCCAGCGCAUCCAGGCCUGCGGCGUGGUCACCGAAGACGGCGACUUCUUCCACGCGCAGCUCGCGGGGGGGAGGGGCUGGGACGAGGCGUGGCUGUACAGGACCGGCUACGCCAACCACGAGCCGCACCGGGGCCACCCGUGGGACAACUUCUGGGCCUCGACGCGCGCGCCCCGCCGCUGGCGGGGCCUGGACGCGGCGCCGGCGACCGCGCCGGCCGACGCGUGCGCGCGGGCCGCGGCGCGCGAGUUCCACGGCGGCUGCCUCGGGACCUGCGGGAAGACGUGCGCCGAGCUCGGCCACGACCCCGUCCUCUUCGAGAAGCUCAGGGCCGCCGUGAAGAAGUGGCCCGACAAGGGCGGCGGCGACGCGAUUCCGGACGCCUGCGGCUUCGCGUCGCAGCCGGGCGUGGCGGAGAUUUGGUAUUGGUGGAGUUGGCACCGUAUACUCUACAACCCCCACAUCGUAACUUGGAUCACGGCCAGACAGAUCGUCGCGUGGCUGGGCCUCGGCCUCAUCUACGUCGUCGGCGUCGCGGCGGCGUGCUGCGCCUCGCAGCCGGCGUGCCUUGGAUACGCGCACCUCCAACGCCUACGGAACUGGGUCAAUCGGCGGAUAGAGGACGGGGGCGCGGCCCGCUACUGCUACUUCAUCUGCUGCGGCGGCUGGCUCCUCGAGCUGGUCGCGCGCCUGGUGGCGCUGCUCUUCGCGGGCCUGGAGUUCUGUCGGCUGCUCCUUCGACCGGGCGAGGCGCGCGCGCGCUACGAGAAGUUCCGCGAGCGGCGCCCCUGGUUCAGGCGCUACGUCGCGCCGUGCCUGGAUAAGCUCUCGGCCGGCGUCGCGUCAUUUAGGAAGAAGCGGGCCGUCGCCGCGCUUCUGGCAAAGCUGUCCGUCGCCGCGCCGCUCGCGUGGAAGGGCCUGAAGAAGGCGUGGAAGGGCCUGAAGAAGGGGACGGCCCGCCUCGGCCGCUGCCUCUACUGUUGCUGCUGCGGCGACUUUUGGCGUCGACUCCUGGUCAAGCGGCCACCCGCGGCCGUCUACACCGCGGAGGACGGGACGGAGCAGACGGUCCCCUGGGUCGUGGCGCCGGGCCCGCCGGGCACGAUCGUGACCCGCCCCGACGGCAUCAAGGUCAAGGUGCCGGAGGGCGUCCAAAGGGGCCAGCUCUUCUCGCUCGCGGAGGCGGCGCCCGCGGGCGACGACGGCGCCGCGCCGAAACACGCCGCCGAGCCGCCGUCGCUCACGGAACGCACCGCGCUCCUCGUGCGCAAGGCGUGGAUUAUAAAAAAGCGCACGACGGGCGCCCUGGCCAAGCAAGUAUUCGUCCCGCUCCUCGGCGUCGGCGUCCUGUGGUUACUGUACGACACCAGGGAACGAAAUCGAAAAGAGCGGAGCACCAAAGCGAGCGCAGGCUUCGACACGAUCCACGGCGACCUCGAGCUCGUCGUGUUCCAGUUCUUCUUCUUCCCGUGGGUCCAGGUCGUCGCCUCGGCGCUGGUGGGGGACGUUGCGCAAGGCACGCGCGAGGCGACGCGCGCGGCGGGCGGCGCCGACGCGGCCUACUGGCUCGCAUCCUUUUUGGUCGAGGGCGUCGCCGUCGGCGGCGGCGUCGCCGUCGCGAUCGCCGCGGGCGCCGCGCCGGGCCUCUUCCGGCGCGCCGGCAAGAGUUUCGAGGUCGCCGCGUUCUUCGAGCUCUUCGCCCUCCACUGGCUCUUUCUGCUAGCGCUCGUCCUCCAGACCUUUGUGGUGGUCACGUGCCUCCUUCGAUCGCAGAUCGCCGCGGCGGGGCUCCCGCCCCUGUUGCACGCGGCCCUGCACGGGUUCUACUUGCUCUGGAACCCGCUCCGGGCCUGGAACCGUCACCGUGGCGGCCGGCUCCGAACGCACUGGACCCUGACGAAUCGGCCGCGCGCGCACUUCGUCGGCGCGGCUUUCCUGCCGCAGUUCGCGUACGAUUUGUUGGUGGACUCGUUCAGCCCGACGGGAAAGCGAGCGGGCUGGCGGUGCCGGCUCGUCGCCGACGGUUUUGUGGGGGAGCGCUACCCGUGCGGGAAGUGUAGAAAAGAGUGCUGGGAAAAGGCCCCAGGGCCGCGGCUCGGGGAUUUCGAGCAGUAUCUGCAGAGCCGGUCGCUGACGGCGGCGCCCUGCGCCGACGAGCACCUCAUGUGCGAGGACGUCUGGCCCUUCUGGUACGAGAAGACUGAGGAUCGGGGCUGGCGGCCCGAGUCCUCGUGGACGGCCGGGGUCUACUGCAUGUUGAUGGUGUCCGUGGUGUUUUGGGCGGCGGUCCUGUGGUACGUGAUCCAGGUCUCCACGUCGGCGGCGCGAGGCAAGGGCAAGGACCUGCUCUUUUGCAUCCGGAAGGCGUACUGGCGACCGCCACCGCCGGACGAGGUCGUAGAGAAGGCGCCGCUCGUGGACCACGACGAGUGGUUCGAGAACGAUGAAAGCGCCGACGCGCCGGUCCAGGUAAGAGGCCUCCGGAAGGUCUUCGGGAAGAAGGUCGCCGUAUCCGACGCGACGUUCGCGAUUCGCGACUCGGAGAUCUUCUGCCUGCUGGGUCACAACGGCGCGGGCAAGACGACCACCAUGUCGAUGAUGACUGGAGCGAUGGCUCCCGACGGCGGCAGCGCAAAUUUCUUCGGGAUACGAACGCUUGGCCCCUUAGCUGAAGCGGACGGCCUCGACCGGCUCCGCCAGCUCCUCGGCUUCUGCCCGCAGCACGACGCGAUGUUCCCUCAGCUCACGCUCCGGGAGCACCUCAUUUUCUACUCACGGCUCAAGGGCGUCGAGGAAGCUAGAGCGGAGAACGAGGCGUCUGGCCUGCUGCAGCUCUUCCGCCUCACGGAAAUGGCCGAGGGGUUUCCGCUCAAGCUCUCGGGCGGCCAGAAGCGCAAGGUGAUGAUGGCCGCGGCGCUGACCGGCGGGUCCAGGCUCGUGGUCCUCGACGAGCCGACGGCGGGGAUGGACCCCGUGGCGCGGCGCGAGGUCUGGACCCUGCUGCGGGACGUCCGCGUCGACCGGUCGGUACUCCUCACGACGCACCACAUGGAGGAGGCCGAAGCAUUGGCGGACCGGGUGGCGAUCAUGGCGGCCGGGAGCGUGACGUGCUGCGGCACUAUAUCUUUCCUGAAGCGGCACUUCGGCGGGGGUGACGACGCAGAGGUCGCCGCUCGCCGCAAGGCGGCGGAGGAGGAGGCGAGGCGGAAGGAGGCGGAGGCCAAAGCGUUAGCGGAACGCAUGGCCGCGGCCGGGGCCGAGGAGCGGGAACGAUUAGCCGCGGAGAAGGCUCGUCUGGAGCGGGAGGCGGCCGAGGCUCGAGCCAAGGCCGAGGGCGGCGCGGACACGUCGACCGGCGGCCUUCAUGUGGCGGUGACGACGGCUGUCGCGGCGCGCGAUCGACUCAAAGCGAUUUUUGCGCAGCACGUGCCCGGAGCCAAGCUGGCGGCGGCCUCGAAGCUCGAGGAGGACCUCCGCCGGGCGACCGAAAAGGACGCCGCGAACCCGCUCCUCGGGUCGACGCCGAAGAGCUUUUCGUCAUCAUUUAAGAGUCCUCUCCUGAACGCGACCCGGGGCGCGAGCUUCUCCGCGUCGCGGAACUGGGCGGACGCCGAGGCCCCCCUCCUCGAGGACUCCGCGCGCGACGUCACGACGACGUACACCAUUCACGCAUCCAGGGCACGCGUCGCAGCUCUCUUCGAGGGGCUGGAGGCCGAGGCCGACGGCUUGGGCCUCGUCGACGUUUCGGUGACGGCGACGUCGCUCGAGGACGUGUUCAUAGCCGUCGGCGAGCAGGUCGAGGGCGCUGCGGCGCCCGUGGAGGCAGAGACGUUGGUUGGCGGGGCCUUGCUGCCGUCGGCGCCGGGCGAGCCGGUGCCGGCGGGGAGGCUCGUCGCGGCCGUGGUCCAGUUUCGGCUCCCAGCAGUGCAGAUAGAUCAAAGUGACCUCGACUCACCUCUUGCUUUCCACACAGGCUCCAACAAAUAAGAGACGACCUCGUGUGGAUCAAAAAGUUCGUCCUCGGCGGCGCGGCGCUGCCGGGCGGGCUCAAGCAAGCGGUGGCGCGGGCGCGCGCGAGCAAAGACCACACGACCUUCACGGUACCCACGAAAUUCGCCGUCCUGGUCGCGGCGCUGGCCGGGGCGCCGACCCUCGGCGUGGCCGUGGGCGUGCAGGGAGGCGGCUGGCUCGGCCUGGGUUUGUGGUUCGCGACCUCCGUCGCUUUUUCAGCUGUCGUUUUUUUGUUGGCGGCACUGGAAUGCGGCGUGCGAUACUACUGUUUCAAAAGUUCGGUGUCGGCGCCAUGCGCGGUCGCCGGCGGUGUCGUAGGCGCCUUCGUGGGCAUGAUAUGUGUCCUCGUGGGGUGGGAGGCCGUGGCGGGGCCGCUGACGUCGAUGGUGGCCACGGCGAUCGCCGUAGGCCUCGAGGCCGGGCUCCGGCCGUACUUUGGGUCUCCAACAUCGGUCUUUGGUGCGAUCGUGGGUAUGGUAGCGGGGCUGAGUGCGGGGUGGGGUGUGGGCUGGCAAGUGUGCAAGGCGGCGUUGCGGAGAUGGAAACCGCCGGGCCGCCGCGCGCGGGCGCGGACCGAAGGCGGCGUCGCCGGAUUCUUUGUUGGCCUCGUCGUGGAAGUUUUGGGCUCCGUCUUCGCCUCGGCGUUUUGUUCCGCCGGGAUACAUGGAUCGAUCCUGGUGCUCCUCCAAGUGGCGGCGGCGGCAAUGCCGCUGGUCGUGCGCGCGCAAAUGCCCGGCAAAGGAAAGCGGGCGUUCGGUUUCAAAAGUAGAUACGCGGAGUACUACAACACCCUCGUCGCGGGGGUCCUGGUGGGCGCCUAUUUUCUUGUGGCGGGCUUCGUGGUGGAGCCAUACGUCCGCGAGCGCGCCAGAGGUCUGCGGAAUCUGUUGGCCGUCUCGGGCCUCGACACUUUGACGUACUGGCUGGGAAACUGGCUCAGCGACGCGCUGGUACUCGUCGGCGGUGCCGUCUGCGUUGUUUUCAUGUUAGCGGCGACGCGCAUGGCCUACCGCAAACGGUUGUGCAGCAGCGCGCCGACUUACGCGCAGCUCCACGCUGCCGCUCGGAAGGGGGAUCUCGACCUCGGGCCCUACAACGCGACCACCACGUCGCUAGCAACCGCCUUCCACGACCGGUACCCGGGGGGCUUUGAAGAAGACCAGAACGGUAUUUGGAGCUCCGAGUCCUACGAUACCAUCAAGCAGUGGUACUGCGGCAGCGUCUGGGACCGCAGCAUCGGGGCCGGGGCCUGGCAGAACGCUACCAAGUACGUCGUACGCCGCUGGAUGGAACGCUGGCCGUGGUUGUGGAUUUUACUGCCGCUGUGUAGCGCGGGGAUCGUGAGCUUCUCGCACUUCGCGACGACGACGUUCGACUCGCCGCUCAUCGCGGUCGCGUCGACGCCCAUUUUCAUCGGUCUCCUGGGCGGGGCGGCACCGGCCGGGCUCGCAGGACUUUGGUGGGUCGCCACCACCAAACCCGACCAGCUCCUAUACCAGGAAUUCUUCUGUAAGAUAGGGUGGCUCGCGUCAAUCGCAACGCCGUUCGGCAACCUGGCGAUCCAGGUCUGCAAGGUGGCCUUCCACCCGCAGCUGAAGCGCGGGGGAUUUCUCGAGGCGUCGGGACCCGGACCUUUAUCGAGGCAGCCCGCGGACCCGCCUUUACCAAGCGGCGGGGCGGCAGUUUUCUUCGCCCUUUUCCACAUCAUACUUUAUGAAGGAAUAGUCGUCUUUAAAGAUCGACGGGCCCUGCGCCCGCUCGCCUGGGUGAAGACGCGGGUCUCCAAGGUGCGCGCGAACGCGAUGCCCGACGACGUCGCCGCGGAGCGCGCGCGCGUCGCGGCACUCACCGGCGCGGGCGACGCCGCGAGCGCGGGCGACGCCCUGUCGACGAACGAAGACGACUUCCAGAUUGUGGUAGACGAGCCGGAGGAGGAAGCGCCGCCGUCGCGGCCGCCGCCGACGAGCCUUUCCACCGCCGUGCGCGACACCGUCGCCAUGCUGCGGAACGUGCCGCCGGGCGACGACCCGUACCCGCCGUCACUAUCUCUAAACGCCGCACCGGCCGACCGCGACGGCCUCGUCGUCUCGGACCUGCGGAAGAUCUACCCGCCGCGGUUCUUCGGCGGUGCGGCCGUCGAGUCCGUCCAGUGCGCGGCCUUCGGCGUCCCGACGGGCCAGGUCUUUGGUUUACUAGGCGCGAACGGCGCCGGCAAGACAACGACCGUGUCGAUGGUCUGCCGCGCCGUCGAGCCGACGUCCGGGGACGCCAAGGUCGCGGGGAAGAGCGUGCUGGCCGACCGCCUGCGUGAAAAAUCAGCACGUGAGUGAGGUUCUUCCACGCCAUCGAGCAGACGCAAUCACAGGGACAACGGCGCGUCGAUGGCGGGGCGCCGUGAAAUUUGAUUACCACACAGGCCGACUUCGAGGACGCGGCGAAGGCGCUCGGCGUCGUCAACCAGAAGAACGUCCUCUGGGACCACCUGAGCUGUCGAGACCUGUGUGGAAAUCAACCAGUGCGCCGGGUGCACCCAACAAUUAUUCACUAAGUCAUUUCUCGGCAAUGACGCGGCCGUCCUGGCUCGGUCGAGCGGUGAGGAACCGGCAUCGCCACGCCAUCGAGCAGGCGCCGCGUCGAUGGCGUGGAGGUCGACGCGGCGAUUCAUUAGAACGCGCCGUAAAAUUUUGAUUUUCACACAGGUCGAGACCAUCUCUGUCUCUUCGCGCGGCUCCGGGGCGUCGACAUCGAAGGAGACGCGCGCCACGCCGCGGAGCAAGCGCUCGCCGUCGUCGGUCUGUCCGACCACGCCGACAAAGCGGCGGGCCGCCUGUCGGGGGGCAUGAAGCGCAAGCUGGCCGUCGCGGUGGCGCUGGUCGGCGGCCCCUCGGUGGUGUUGCUGGACGAGCCGUCGUCGGGCCUGGAUCCAGGAGCGCAAAGGAAUCUCUGGGACCUCAUCAAGGUCACGAUGAAGGGCCGCGCCGUCGUCCUGACGACGCACUCGAUGGGCGAGGCCGAUCUCCUCUGCGACCGCGUCGGCAUCAUGGUCAAGGGCACCAUGCGCUGCAUCGGGACGCCGCAGGAGCUCAAGGAGCGCUACGCGGCGGGCUACGAGAUCUCGUGCCGCCUGGAAACGCGGGACGACGCGCACGUCGCGGACCUCGUGGCGUUCGCGCGCGAGGCCUUUUCGUCGCCGGACGUCGACGUCGCCGCCGCGGACGCGGACAUUGCGACGCUCGAGCUCGCGGGCGUCGACCCGCGGCGGACGCCGGCGCUCGCGUUCCGCGCCUUCGACGACGACGCGUGCGCGCGGCUCGGCGUGACGGACUUUUCGCUCUCGCGCGCGACGAUGGAGAAGGUGUUUCUGCGCAUCGCCGGCGGCGAGGAGGGUCUGGCGCAGUCGCGGCUCGGCCGGGAGAUCGCCGAGAUGCUCCAGGCCGAGGCCGACGACGACGCGCAGAGGGAACUCGAUAAGGUGGUCUUCUCCGAGGCGACGUGCUGCGGCUGCACGCGGUUCGCGUGGCUGCACCUGGGCCUCUACGCCUUAUUUUGGCAUGGGAUCCUUUCUUUCUUCUGGUGGAUGGGCGCCUAUGCCCAGGAUCGCUUCGAAUGGUGCCUCUGGAGUCACAACCGUUCGAAGGGGUCCUUGAAGAGAUGCGCCAGGCGGGAGUUCUGGAUCAAGGCCGGCACGAUGUUCUACUCUGUGUGGAAAUCAACCGGUGCGUCGGGUUCU